AUGGAGCCGAAAUCCGGCAAGCUACACAAGCUUGGAUCGGGCCUUUUUGGGCCGAAAUGGACUGAAAAAUGGGUGCAUCUCGACGGAACGCUUCUUAAAUGCUUUCCCAUGGCUGUGCAGCAAGUGUUUGCUCUUAGCAGCUCUCGACAUAGUAGUACUUAUGAGCUGAUGGAUUAUAAAUUUGCAGUAGCAGAUGAGAGAAGGUUGAACCGAAAGUUUACCUUUCAACUCGAGUCCAUACAAAAGUCGUCCAAGACAGUGACAUUUGCGUGCUCAUCGGAGAAGGAGCUGGUGGAGUGGAGACUUGCACUUCAGUCUCGGUUGUGCUUUCCACCUGAUACUUCAGUUUCCCUAGUGUAUGGUGCUCUUUUGUUUUUGAAUUAG